GCUUAGAGCCAUAGACGGACACAUUUUGUAGUUACACACAACACAAAUCGAAACUACUGUUCACAAACACAAAGUUAGUGACAGCGACUAAAAUCACCGACGGCAGGGUUUCGCUGUUUACCGUUUUCUCGACAGGAAAUCUGAGUAUGUGUGAAUUUGUUAAGCCUGUGACCUUAUAAGAGAGGUCAUAAGAGACGGUCAUGAUGGCGGAGGAGGCUGGAAAGCUUCCACUUCGGCGUCUGGAGCCCCCCAUUCAGAAAUUCAUUAAAGUGGCCAUUCCCACUGACCUAGAGAGACUGCACCAGCACCAACACAACAUAGAAAAGUUUCAGAGGAAUGGUCAGUGGGACAAACUGCAUCAAGAGCACAUCAACUCCAGCCGCACUGUCCAGCAGUUGCGAUCGAACCUGCGAGAGAUGGAGAAGUUGUGUGGGCAGGUCCGCAGUGCUGAUGCCGAAGCUCUGGAGAAACUUGUUCAGCCAAUCAGAGAUCGAGCCUCCGCUGGCAUUCAGGAGUUCCUCCGGAUUCACUCGGAUGCAAUCAAUAGGCCGGAUGCGCCAACUAUCAGCACUCACGAAACUAUCAGCACUGCCUCAGAGACAUUGCACACUGACGGUGAUACAGGUUUGCCUGGUUCCCCUGUCACUCAAACACAGCUGCUACUGCCUGAAAUCUCUCCGGAACAGAACGCAGCUGAGUCCUGGGACUCUUUAGCUGAGGACCUACUGGAGUUAAAUGGUUUAGUAAACGAGUUCUCCACUCUUGUUCAUGCCCAGCAGGAGAAGAUUGACAGCAUUGAGGCCAAUGUUAGCAUAGCAGCCGCUAAUGUGGAGGAGGGGACCCAGAGCCUAGGGAAGGCGGCCCGUUCAAAGAUGGCGGUUUUGCCCGUGGCAGGUGCAUUGGUGGGGGGAGUGCUAGGGGGGCCGCUGGGACUCUUAGCAGGAUUUAAAGUGGCAGGGGUCGCCGCUGCUGUGGGGGGUGGACUGCUUGGUUUCGCCGGGGGCAACCUGAUCCAACGAAAGAAGAAAGAAAGAAUCGACCUGCAGCUACAACAGCUUAAGAGCAACAACCACAGUAAGAACGACACUCAGUGACACACUUGAGCACAUUUGUUUUUGUAGAGGAGGCCACGAGACGGCGGGGUUGUCGACCCACGCGCGUUCUGAAAUAAACACCAGACGCUCAACGUACAUAAAACAACCACAACUGCAGAACAACUCCUACACGCAGUGCAAACAUGCACAAGUGGACCAGCUAAUUUUCCUUUUGCCUUAAUUCAUCAUUCAUUUCUAUGCCAAAGCAAACAAGGCCUUAUUCCAUCAUCUGAUGUGCUGCCAAACAGCUGAUUGACCUUUGUAGCAGCAAUGUGACUGUAGGUGUUAGAGGUGGUUAACGAUUAUAGAUGAUCGUUGUAUGAACUAUAUAACCGUGAGAUUUGUUAUGCAUACUGAGGAUUUGCAGUAUGUGAAAUGGGCUUGUUUACUACAGUUAUGUAGGUGGUGUUGUGGUAAAACUGUAGAAUUCUUGCAGAAUUUCAUGAUAAACACUUAAAAUGACCCUAAGUGGUAUUGUAACUGAAACAUUUAUUCUAUGUAAAAUACUUUAUAAGGUUUAUAUGUAUCACAGAUAUAAGAAUGGAGGCAGUGCACAGUAGUGAGAAACUCGGCACAUUAUGAAUAAACAUCAUCAAUGACAAAUUCUGCAGUUCAAAUUAUGAUAUAGUUUCUAUAUUCUGUGAAUGUUUGUUUUGCCAUAACUUUGAUAAAUUUAACAUUUCGGAUAUCUAAUAAUGACUUAGGCUGCUGAAUAUAUAUACCAUUUCAAUAACACUUAAUAAGCCAUUGUAAUGGAUAAUUGAUAUACAAAUUGAAGGAUUGUUUCAAUAUUAUGUAUAUGUAUUUGUGCUGUCAAAUGAUUAAUCAAGAUUAAUUGCAUCCAAAAUAAACGUUUUUGUUUACAUAAUAUGUGUAUUUUUUAUUAUAGUAUAUAUAAAGAUACACACAGCAUAUAUUUUCAAAAAAUUCAUGUAUUUACAUGUAUGUAUUUAUAUUUAUAUAAAUUAUGUCAUAUAUAUACAUAUAUUUAAUAUUUGAACGUAACAUGUUUUUCUUGAAAAUAUACAUGCAUGUGUGAAUAUUUAUAUAUACAUAAUAUAUACAGUACACAAAUAUAUUAGUGAGCAUAAACCUUUUAUUUUGGAUGUGAUUUAUCGUGAUUAAUCGUUUGACAGCACUAAUAGAUAUAUAUAUAUCUAUUUAUAUCUAUAUAUCUGUAUGUGUAUAAAGUUUACAUUCGACUGCAUAUAUAUAUAUAUAUAUAUAUAUAUAUAUAUAUAUAUAUAUAUAUAUAUAUAUAUAUAUAUAUAUAUAUAUAAACAAAAUAGAUCAUUAUGGCAAUACUGACAGCUUAAGGUUUAUAAAUGUACAUAUACAAGAUAAGUUAAAUUAUUUUAAGAGAAACAGUUUCUUGGGAAAUAGCUGUAAUUGUAGAAAAACCAAUGUUUCAUGUAUGAUUUCUUAUGAUCUUUUGUUUUUCCUAGCAUUUAACACAUCCGAUCAAGAUGUUUCUGAAAAACAAUGCUCAGGUUUAGAUAAAACAUUCUUGGGUUUACCCAGGCUGCUCGUGUGUCUUUCUAUGUUCCGCUGGGGUGGCUGAUAGAUUUGGGUGAGGUUUCCCUGUAAGGCUUUGAUAACACAAGCCUCAGAGAGGCAAAUCUAAUACUGAAAUCAAUGUGCUGUGAGACCUCCUUCAGCACAAACAACAUUUAAAUGUUAUUUGAUUACGGUCCCCAAAGGGUCAGCAGAAAAGAACAAUAGCCUUUUAUGGUUUAUCCACCCCUUAUUUUAGUUUCUCCAUAAUCAAUAAAAAUAAAAAUGGUCUGUUAUCAAA